GUGCAGUCACCAGUUCAAGGACAACUGCCUACUCAGGCGUGACCACGGCGCCAAGGACUGCGGCCUACACUUACGCAGGAGGCGCCGUGAAAGCGCCCGUGGCAUUUCCAGCAGGAGGCACCCCGUCUUCGAGGUCAUCUGCCUACUCACUCGGCGCCACAUCGCCCAUGACCUCGACGCACACCUACGCAGGCA